AUGCCUCCCAGGCCAGUCAAUUUCUUUCAUAGGUCAACGAAUCUCCGGUCAACGUUAGGUCAAACUCGCGGCUCCACGUCGUGCUCUGCCUCCCCCGCGCGGUCCUCGCAAUCCUCCGCCUCCUCCUCCCCCUCCGCAUGCCAGAGCGGCAUCGAAGGCGCAGCAGCAGAUGAGGCGCGCCGGCAGCCGGUGUUGACGGCGGGCGAGACCAUAUCGCGCUGCCUCGCGACGCCCACCACCAGCCCCAUCUGGCCGCUCAGCACGCCGCCCUGCUCCUCCUCCCCGCACGCCUCCCCCGCGUUCUUCUCCCCCUCAUGGCGCCCGCUCCUGCCGCUCUCCACCUCCAUCGCCACCACGUGCCUCGCGUCGCUAGGCGCGCCGUGCGCGCCGGAUUUCAACGCGGGGAAGGAGACGCCGUGGUGCUUGGCGCACGGCGGCGGUAACAGACCGGCGGGCGGAGCAUCGGCGGGCGGAGCGGCGGAUUCCGCGCGCGCCGCAUGGACGCUGCCGAGGAUCACCUCCGCCGCGCCCUACGGCACGUGGCGGCGCGUGAUGCCGUGCGCGCCGCCGCCGGCGGCUGUGAUCACGCGCCGCCUGCACGACGCGCAGCUGCUGGGGCAGGUGCCCGGCCUCGCCUUCUGCUCGCGGCCUGUCGACGGCGACGCCGAUAAGAGCAGCGGCGCCCCCGAGGCGGCGAAGGAGGAGGAGGCGCUGCGGCUGGUGGCGGGCGCGUGCGUGCUGCCGCAUCCCGACAAGCUCGACCGCGGCGGGGAAGACGCCUUCUUCAUCCUCCCCGACGUCUCCGCCUUAGGGGUGGCGGACGGCGUGGGCGGGUGGGCGGACGUGGGGGUGGACGCGGGGGCGUAUGCGCGCGAGCUGAUGGGGGAGGUGCAGGCGGCCGUCAGGCGCGAGCCCAAGGGGUGCGCGGACACCCUCCGCGUGCUGACGUCAGCGCACGCCAAGACGCGCAGCCAGGGCUCGUGCACCGCGUGCGUUGUGGUGCUCACUGCUGACCGGCUGCAGGCGGCGAACCUGGGCGACAGUGGGUUUGUGGUGGUGCGCAAUGGGCGCAUCAUCUUCAAGUCGCCCUCGCAGCAGCACGAUUUCAACUUCCCCUUCCAGCUCGGCAGUGACGGCGGUGACUCGCCCUCCGCCGCUGAGGUGUUCUCCCUGCCGGUGGCAGCGGGCGAUGUAGUGGUGCUGGGCACGGACGGGCUGUUCGACAACGUGUUCGAUUCCGAGCUCGCCUCCACCGUCAUGCACUCGCUGCUGGCGGGCCGCGAGCCACAGCACACGGCGGAGCACAUCGCCACGCUGGCACGCACGCGCGCGCAGGACCGCAUCCGCAUCUCGCCCUUUGCGCGCGCAGCGCAGGAGGCGGGGUACCGGUACUAUGGGGGCAAGCUGGAUGACAUCACCGUUGUCGUGGCUUAUGUGGCCGGGCCUAAGUUCGGACCGGGUUGGUGGCGCAACUGCCGGUGA